AUGGCGACACAAAUUCAUGAUAUCAAACAAAUUUCAGGCAACUCAAUGCAAUGGAACCUUAAAGUUAGAGUCGUUCGAAUGUGGGUAAUGCCGGAUCGCUUUAAGCCGGAAAUACCAUAUUCAAUUGAAUUGGUUUUACAGGAUUCUAAGCUAUCUGAAUUGAGAUGUGCAAAUUCAAGAAUUAUAGCUGUUAGAUUAAUAUGCGACUGCUGUUGUCGAUAUACUUACAUUUUUCUGGUUUUAGAACUUGAGACAGAGAUGGAGAUUCUUUACAUUUUAUUCUGGUUACUUACAGCACGUCCGUCAAACAUUGAGCGAAUCACUCAAACAAGUUCUCAGCAAAGUUACUCUAAUAGAGAUGAGUUAAACAAAGGAAUUGUAGAGUUUAAAACUAUUAGGGAUUUAGUUCAGUGCACUCAAGAAAGUAGCUGUUGGAUUGCGGCAGAAUUGGUAAGUUUGGAACUUGACCGGGGAUGGUCAUACUUGGCAUGCAACAAGUGUAGUAGAAAGGUUGAUAAAGUUGGAAAUAAAUACUUUUGUAAGAAAUGCAAUGAAGAUCAAUUUUCAUGUACUCACAGGUAUAGGCUUCAAGUACGAGUUAUGGAUGGAACCGCUUUUAUCUCAUUGUUGCUUUGGAAUCGAGAGGCUAUGCAGCUUAUAGGGAGGUCUGCAAAAGAACUUAAGGGAAGCUCCCUUGAGAAUUCACUUGCGGAUGCUGACUGUUCUUAUCCAAGUGAACUGGACGCUAUUCUUUAUAAAAAAUUAAUGUUCAAGGUUAUUGUUAAGCAAGAGAAUAUUGAGUCUCAGGUCGAAGUCUACAAAGUUCUUAAGCUUAGUGAUGAUGAUGACCUUUUAAAGGAAUACAGCCACAAUUUAUUCGAAGACAAUAUCACCGAUUCAAAGUUUUUUGAUGGACAAAGCUCAAGUGGAGAUAAGCUUUUCAAGGAUGUAAUGGCCGAAAGUCAGCAGUCUAUUUUGCAAACUCCCAUAGAUAAAAGCGUAUCAGAAAGUGGAUCGUCGGUGUUAGAAGAUGGUGAUGCUUGCAAUGUAAAAAUAUGUCCUUUGAAGACGUAUGACAACAAGACUAGAUCCACUAAUAAGGCAUCAACAGCAGUACCAGAUGAUGAAUUCAAUUCUCAACUCUCUAGCAACAAGGUUCGCAAGGUCAUAAAGAAAGAAAAGAAUCCCUGA